ACUGCAUAUUCACCUUCUGACAGUUUGGUUUUCUUUGUUAAGCAAUGGCAUCCAGAUAAGCGGAAAGAUGAGAACGGUGCAACAUCAAGAUUUCAAGAGAUAAAUGAAGCUUACAAGGUUUUAAGUGAUCCCAUCAGAAGGAGAGAAUAUGACAGGAAAGGAAUGCCAAUUGCCGAUGAUUACGAUAUCAUUGAGUACCUUAACCGAUACAAGGGCCUAAUCUUAACAUGCAAUGGCCUUGGGAUCCGGCAUUCAAUAUGGUGAAGUAAGAUGGCAUGUAUGGAGAUCCAUUGUGUUGAAUCUUUGACUGCUGUGUGACAAGGUAGAUAUAUUUUGAUAGGCUGAAACAGGUUAUAGGGUAACUGUAGGGACUAAGAUGUAUGGACUAUUAAACUGACUUUUCUGAUGUA